AUUCCCAGAAUGUUAAAGUUUGGUUGGAGGGGAAUGAGGAGGAAGGCAGCACUGAGCCAUCUUCUCUUGAACCCAUGAUAUCUGCGUGGAAAGUCCCCAGCUUCCGAAGUGCCAUUUUCGUACAGUAAAUGUGUAAUGAAGGUCAUUGUAUGAAGGAAAUAUCUAAAGGUGUUUCAUGGAUGGUGUGUUCUUGCACCCUUUACUAUGUGCUUGGUCAUACCCAGGUGCAAAAGCAUUUGAAAACAUAUUAUUGGCAUCAGAAAUUAAGUUUAUGACAAUUGCAGGUUGUGCAUUAUUAGAUCAUAAAGAAAUUACAUAUCACACCAAACAACAUGGAAACCUGUGUCUGAUGAAAUGCACUGGACAUUAGUAGGUGAAGUGUGCUUUGGUAAUACAGGUAUGCCGAGUUCACUUCUGACCUCACUGAAGCAAUACCUCUCAUGGUCAUAUAUCCACAAAAGUCCAUUGUGCAUAUAUGUAUUAUCUCGGACACUCCAAUGGCUAUGCAUCUGUAGUAUGGGUUGAAGAUAAUCUGAUAUGUAGAUUAUAGUUUUGGGAUCUAAGAGGAGCCAGCUCUUUUACCUACUAUAGUUGAGGCUCAUGGGCCACAAAUGGUCUGUGAUGACAUGUUUUCAUUCAGAACACCAUGGACCAGAGUCAAUCUUGAGAAGCUGAUGGUCUACUGGUUAAGAAGUGACUGCAUUUUGUGGAAUCCAGAGGUCCAUUAUCAUAUUCACAAGAGCUUUCCACUGGGUUCCAUGUCGUGAUACUCCUCAACAUGCUACGUAUUAAGGGGGAGGGGGGGUUACUAGCUAACCCCCAACCAGGAGGAACAUCACUUGUCAGCUGGCUGUAACUGCUAAUUCAGCAUGAUGGAAAAAAAGAGAAUGGUUCGCGUUAUAUCAGUGCACCAUUUUGUGAGUCAGGACAUCCACACAUGUGAGGAUCCUGUUACUGCAGCCACAGCCCCACCUAAUUACUUGUUACUGGCAUUGCCUCAGCAUGUUGUGGAAGUUCGGGAUCUGUCCAAAGGGGGCGGCGUCAGCUUCAGCUUUCCAACAGUCGAUCAAGCGCAGCAGAUGCUUCACUGUUGCAAUGGCAACUAUGUUGCAACGCUGGAGGUGAAACAGAAUCGUCAGGGAAAGGAGUGUAGCUAUGCUCGGGUCUACGCCAACUGGGAUGUCCCUAGUGCAGUACAGCAGCCAAUGAGAGCGCGAAUUGCAGGCCGAGUCACUCCAAGCAGUGCGCAGUCAGGGCCCCCAAGUCUGGAGAUGAUAGAACUUCCUCUGAAGAAAGCACCAAGUGUUAUAGCUUGUUGUCAGACAACAGGCAACUUGUUGCUGGCGUUCCAUAAGACUUUGACACUGUACCAUUUUCGUGUCUGCACACGUGACAUCUCACGCCUCCGUUUCAUAGACUUUGAAGAAUCUGGUGUAUUUGUGGACCUAAGCUUCAGUCCAACAAGUCUGUCCUUAGCUGAGGAUAUCAUCGCAUGCAUGGCUGACAAGUAUGUGCACGUGUUCAGACUUGGGCCAGGCGCAAAGACUGCAGACCAGUCGCAGGAGAGCACUGAUCGCCACGCUAAUGGGAAUAAGAAUAACAACAUAGAUUCCCACAUUGACUGGGAAGAGGUUCUGAGGGGUGACUGUAACACAGACUCCAAAUUGCAUAGCAGUUCAUUCCCUUUGCGAGUGGAUCUUCCUAGCAUUGUAGCAGAUAAAGUAACCAGCUGCCCUGGUAGUCCGUCUGGAGUCAUGUAUCGCCACAUACCUUUCCAAGUAGCCCCGCCAAACAUGAGCGCCGUAGUUUGGUGUACUUCGCCUGCUGCCACUCCAUGGGCAGCAAAGAGUGAAGUUCUGCAUCUGCUACAGUUGCAGAUUACCGCGCCACAGCUUGGGAGCAGCGCUAAGCAGACGUACUCUUCGGCCUGCGAUGAAUUCCGUAGCCUGGUUUUAAAACCAUUGUAUGCCAGGAAAGAGCCUGGUAAUACUAAAGCGGUAACCGUCAUAAACCCGAUGCACUCGAAGUAUUACGGAGACCUGGUGAGCACGGUCUGUCUAGUUGUGACACAGCAGGAGGGCUACUUGUACCACUUCAACAUGCGGGACGUGCAGGAGCCCUCCAGACUGCAGCAGGCAGCAUGUGUGACUGUGUAUCCAUUCACUGCGCCAGUGACAGCUGUUGCCAUGGAAAGGUUUGUCCUGCACGCCCUUACAGAAACUGGUCUGGAAACGUACACCUUGAGAGCUGGCCAUCACUUCAUAUCAGCGCUGGAUCCCGCCGGCAAUCUCACUGCCUGCCCUCCUGCAGACGACCCCGUUUGCCUGGUUGGCCUGCGCCCGUUCCUCGGAGUGGAACGUCUGCUACUGGCCGACUCCUACCUCGUGCUGUUGGCUUGUUCCGAGGAGUCCAGUUCCUCAAGCCAGGAUUCACAUUGCUCCGGAGGCUGGACGCUGUACUCGCUCACUCUGCCGUGUCCUGCCGCUCUCUACAAUGACAUUCUUACCGUUGGCUCCGCGCACCGUUGGUCUAGCCCCGCCACAUACCGUCAUCUCCUGUGCGAAGGACACGUCAUCCUGCGGACGGCCAUUGCCACAGUCACCUGGAAGCCGGGGACAACGGAAGCCUUGCCCUGUUCCGACAGCGAGGAGUUCACAAGACAGCGUGAUGAACUGUACAGAGAGUCAUGUGCACUGCUGGCGGACAGCUACAUAAUGUGUGAUGACGAGGCUGAUUGGAAGCUGGCUGCCCCGUUCUACAAGAUGGCAGCUUUAACUCCAGUGGAAGUUGUGAACAGAGUGAAGAAGUUUGAGCUUCCACCCGAUUUGUCAGCCGAGCGGAAAAACCAGGGUCUUAUGUCAUACCUGCGCGAGUGCUUGCUCCAGUUGAACCAAGCCCCAGGCGACACGUUGUUCAGCCCGGCCGUUCCCAACUUUGCUCACACGCUGCUUGAUCUGUUUGAACAGUAUGACCCUGCUCAGGUUUCUACACUUGUUCUGAAUUCCAGUCUGCUUCGAGAUUGCGCCACAGACAGAGUUCUCGCUAUCAUGAAGAAGCAACUGAGUGCCAGGGCAGCUCCAGCUGCUUCAGAUGCCUUGGCGCUGGUGUUGCUGUGCAUUCAGCGCGGUUCUCCGGAGCAGGCCGUCGCAGUUCUGGACUCGCUGACCCCCAGUAGUCUCAUCAGCAUCUUGUCAGAUAACCCUAUCCUCUUACUGGAGCGUCAGUGUCCGGCUUCAACCAGAGGGUCUUCCUCGACAUCACUUUCAGAUGGCGGUGACAGUACGCCCAGCUUCUCUGAGUUAGCGUCUGUUCUCAUGGACUCAAAACCGGCAGUGCUGGCUGUUGUGUUGGCAGACUUUGUUACAGCGUUGCAGUUUGCGACACUGCGGGAGAUAUUGCAGGUUUUCCUGGAAUACAUUCCGUCUAGAAUCGGCAUUGCUGGGUCUGCAGCGAGUGACGUCCUUCAGAAAUUUCUGGAGAAAUACUUUGCUUGGUACUUCGGUGACGUCACGGCGCAGAAUUUGGCUUCGUGUGACGCGCCGACGGCGGAGGCACUGAAGAUACUCGUGAGGUCAUACCUGAGCGACCUGCGGUGGCAUGACGCGAAAACAUCGGGGAAGAAGAAGUUGCGGAGUGGUGAACCGGAAGAACCCAGACGGAAACUUAACCCUGACAAAACUGGAUCUUCGUGGGAAAAUCAAUCAGACACUAAAGUACUUUUUGAAGAAAGUCGAUCGGCCUUCCUUGCGAAAAUGCCUCCUUACUCUGCUGACCUUUCCAAAAGACUCCUCUCUCUUCAAGAAGGGGCGGAGUUUGCAUUGGAAGACGGGGGAUCGGCCCGACAGGAGGAUGCAGACUGUGACAGCCUCUUCAAGCUUCAGUGUCUGCUCUGUUCUGGAAAGCUGCCCCAGGACUGCGCGAUUGAAGUGCGUCAGUUUGCGCAGACGCACCCGCGGCUCCACGGGAACCUGAGUCUGCAGGUUCUGUGCAUGCCCGUGCUGGAAGCUGCCAACGUUCUGCUUGGCUUCUGCCCUCAGGCUCUGCUGCGUUUCACGAAGGACAGAUUCAGCGGCGAGGCCGAGUGGAAGUGGCUGCUGCUGAUGCUGCACAGGAAGGUGCAGACCCUAGGAGACGAGACGCUGCUGAAGCCCUUUUAUCUGCAGGUCACCAGAGACGUGAUGACGUACCUCGCUCAGACGUUGCCAGUGGAGGAUGUGUGCAGAGUUCUGCCGCCUGGUGGAGACGACUUGUACCGCAGCUACGUUCAGAUCUGCCAGCAGGCGGGACACGCGAACCACAUCAGGGCGCUCAUCAUGGCCACCGGACAGCAGUUGCUCACCACGCUCAAUCUCUGAGCGGCGUCGGGUCUCCGCUCGUCGCUACAUCGGUGCUGGCUCUGGGGCCCAAGUGUAGAGUGGGAUGAUUUGUAGCGCGUCAUCCUCUCAUUUGACGCUAUGUAGUCUGAGCUACUGAGAAAUUGUCAUUAAAUAAGCUAUAAGUAAAGGAAUUGAAUGCUCCGUUAACCUGAAACAGAGGAGGUUUCAUGAAGGCUUUGGAGGAGCCUGCGAUGGCCGAAAGCGAGCACCGGAUGAUCGACUUGAUAAACUACGAAAGCCGAACCGGUCAUUUCACUGGUGUUUUGUGACGUCUAGCACGAAAGAUGUCUGUCGUCCACUUCUCCUACUUGAAUGACCUCCUCCAAGAGGCCCUCGUGGAACGCCGUUGGCCACGGUCAACCGAACAGGUGCUCUGAUCAGUGGCCGACGUGGGGAUUUGUGAUAUUUCAGAUUUGUUAUUUGUCCUUCCAUCUGUACAACUUUAUUAAGUGUGGUUUCAAGGUGACAUGUUUCACCUGUUUACAGUCAUCUUCAGGACUUGUAUAUGAAUUAGCAUCACAUCACUUUUUCAGAAAUCACGUACGAGUAAUAAAUCGAACGGUGUUUCGCUUUUUAUUUCCGUUCACUUCCUCGCUUACAUUUUCUUAAACCUCGAAAAUGUUUGAAAUUUUUUUUCAUCAUUUUACUGAAAUACGUAACUGUUUUAAAAUAAAGUUUUUUUUUCCAGUAUUCAAA